UGGUGGCGCUGUUGUCUUUCUUAAAGUUCGGUUUAUGGACGUCAUCCUGGAGGUCUCAUUUGUCGGAGCGUUUUCAUGCAGAGACUGGACAGCUCCCUGGUGCUGAAACGCCGUUCAGUGAAAGAUGUCGCCGUUUUCCUGUAUUUUGCCUGGAUUUAAAACGUUUUAAAGGUUUCGGAUUGAUGGCAGAGCAGUAUUUUUAGUGUCGCUGACAGCCUGACUUUCUCUUUUUGAUUUACUGUUAUCCUGAAUUUUACAAUGAGUCCGGUUUCAACAAAGGGCUUUAUGCACAGGUACGUGCUGCUCUUUAUUGUUUUCCUAAUCGUUCGCAAAAUAUCAAGCGCAGUUACGCAUUACACCUUGCCUGAAGAGCUGAAAGAAGGGACAGUUGUGGCAAACCUCGCUACCGAUCUCGGCCUCGACGUAACAACUCUAACAAAGAGAAAGAUGCGCCUUGACAUAAUCGCUAACAAAAAAUAUUUGGAUGUGAACAAAGAGACCGGCGAGCUGUAUAUUGUUGAGAAGAUUGACAGGGAGCAUAUUUGCAAUACAAAGUCGUCUUCCUCGUGUUAUCUAAGACUGGAAAUAACACUUGAAAACCCAUUACGGAUAUUCAACAUAGAGUUAGAAGUGCUAGAUAUGAACGACAACGCCCCGCAAUUUCGAAGAGACGCCAUUCAUCUAGAUAUAUCCGAAGCAACGCCGAAGGGAGAAAGGUUUUCACUUAGUAAUGCGGUGGAUCCGGAUGUUGGAACAAAUUCCGUGAAAACAUAUUAUUUAAGUGAAAGUGAAUAUUUUAACAUCGAAAUUCAAACAGGAAGAGAUGGAUCAAAAUUCGCUGAUUUGAUACUAAUUAAAACCUUAGAUCGUGAAAAGAAGGAACAUCAUAAUUUAAUACUCACAGCUGUAGAUGGAGGAACACCUGCGCGAUCUGGUACGGUCAAUAUUUUCGUUCAUGUUUUAGAUACGAACGACAAUGCACCUACAUUUGAUAAAGCAGCCUACAAUGUCAAAGUAAUGGAAAAUUCUCCUAUUGGAAGUCUCGUUAUUGAUUUAAAUGCUUCGGAUUUAGAUGACGGAUCAAAUUCUGAUAUUUCAUACUCAUAUAGUUUAUACACAUCAGAGAAAACACAGGAAACAUUUAAUCUGAAUCCAACCACAGGUGAAGUUACUGUAAAAGGAAUGUUGAACUAUGAAGAUUUUAGGAUUUAUGACAUGGAGGUCAUAGCAACAGAUAAAGGAGUGAAUAGUUUAUCAGGACAAUGUACCAUAAAGAUCCUAGUUGAAGACAUGAAUGACAACCACCCAGAAAUAUCAAUCAAAUCCUUUCAGAGUCCAGUCAGUGAGAACAUAGAGUUAGACACAGUGAUAGCUGUAGUUAGUGUGAGUGAUAAAGACUCAGGUGAUAAUGGACAGGUUGAUCUUCAUAUUCCAGAGAACAUGCCUUUCAAACUGAGGGAGUCCUCUGAUAACUAUUAUGAGUUAGUGGUGUCAGAGCCAUUAGACAGAGAGAAGGUCCCAGAAUAUGAAAUCACCUUCACUGUCACAGACAGAGGGUCUCCUCCUCUAUCUGACAAUGAAACUAUGACUUUGGAGCUGCUGGAUGUUAAUGACAAUGUUCCUCAGUUCUCCCAGUCAUUUUAUACCAUACGUGUCAUGGAGAAUAACGCACCUGGCUCCUUGCUCAGCUCACUCACUGCAUUUGAUCCUGACCUCCAUGAAAACCAGUAUCUAGUUUAUUUCAUCAUAGAGAAGGAGAUUGCCAACACCUCCAUGUCUAUGCUGUUCUCCAUCAAUCCAGAGAACGGGAAUCUUUAUGCACUGAAAACUUUUGACUAUGAGAUUGAGAAGGAGUUUCUUUUCCACAUUGAGGCCAGAGACUCUGGUUCUCCUCCUCUCAGCAGUAAUGUGACCGUCCACAUCAUCAUUGUUGACCAAAAUGACAACGCUCCAGUUAUUGUUUCUCCUUGGCGCGCUCAUGGCUCAGUGGUGGAGGAGAAGAUCCCCAGAUCCACUGAUAAAGGAUCCCUGGUGGCUAAAGUGAUCGCCUUAGACACAGACUCUGUGCACAACUCUCGGAUUACCUACCAGUUUCUCCAGGUGACUGAUGCUUCCUUGUUCAGCUUGGACCAAUACAACGGAGAGAUCAGGACUAUGAGGAUGUUCAGUUACAAAGACUCACGCCACCACAGACUGGUUGUUGUUGCCAAGGACAACGGGCAACCUGCUCUCUCUGCUACAGUCACCAUCAAGCUGCUGACAGUGGAGACUGAUGUUAAGGCCUACUCUGACAUGACUGAGAUGCCUCUGGAAUACGACAUCUUUUCAGACAUCAACCUGUAUCUGGUCAUCGGUCUGGCCUCGGUGUCAUUUCUCCUGCUCAUCACCAUCCUGGUCACCAUCGUGCUGAAGUGUCAGAAACCCAAACACAGCAAAACUGCUCCUCCCAGCAGGAACAGUGUGAUCAGUGAGAGGAACUCCACCAUCGCAGACUCCACUCUGGUCUCCAACGAUGCCUACUGGUACAGUCUGUUUCUAGCAGAGACCAGGAAAGGAAAGCUGGUGGUCAGACAGCCUGUGCCAAAGGGCUCCAGAUACAUCGUGUCCAGCAUCCCGAGAGGGACAGGACUGUCAGAGACUAGUGACUCAGCUGCUUCUACUCUGCAGGUAGGAAUCCAGUUGAUAUGAGUCAUUUUAUUUUUGAUACGUCUUGAACAUUUAUUUUCGCAUUAUUCUCCUAGACAUGAGAAACUGUUCUAUUUUCAAUGUGUGUCAGAAAAUUAAUUUGGUCAAUUCAACAUUUUAAUGCAUAGUAACUACCUGCACAGCGAAACAUUUUGGGAAUGCCAC